AUGACACCAUUUUUGAAGUCCAAAUCGAAUAAGCUAUUAGAAAUUUGCACCUCAAACUGCACAUUAGCAUCCGAGAGCUCGCUUGCCGACGUUCUCAUCCAGAGAGGGGCGCCAGUUGGCGUGAAUCAAAUCGAGCAAAUGCUUGAUUUCUUCAGAUUUUCGGCUCGAUGGAUCUGUAUGAACAGCUCCCGGGUAAAGACUUUGGCAGAAGAACAAUAUAAGUUCGAUAAUGAAACAGCCGUCGAGAACAAGCAUCUUGAUGAAAUCGGUUUGGGUGAGGCCGAUGUCUUACUUGCGCCAUCAAUCUCAGUCGGGCCGUCCGCCAUCAACUUCUCAGCCGCAGCCGACCGCUCAUCUGCCCUAGACCGUCGCUCGGCCGCGCUCAGUCGCCCUAGACCGUCUCGCUCAUCCGCUCUAGACCGUCACUCGACCGCGCUCAGCCUCCCUGGACCGCCGCAACCGGCCGCUCAUCCGCCCCAGACCACCUCAGCCGGUCAGUCGCAAACUGUCGUCCAACCUCCAGCGUCGUUGCUGAGUCGCGGCCGACUGCCCCGAACUGCAGUCGACCGCUACCGGCUGUUAAUUUCUGUCGUGCCGCCAUGGCCAACGAGCCUACCACCUUCACGAUGUGACACUAGUCAGGAUCGAGCUAUUAUACCUAUCCGCGAGCAGCACAGGUCGCACGCCGUGACACAAGUCACGACCUUCAGGUCCUUUUUCUUCGCGGUGUGA